AUGGCUACUUCUCCCAAUACACAUGAGGUCACCUCACCUGGGUCUCUGUCUGAAGCGGCUCCGCCAGAUGGCGCUCCAGGCCAAGAUGCUGUUCCAACCCCCGCACCCGUUGAAAGCCCUCCGUCGCUACAUAGCGAAGGCGAAACAUCGAGCAAGGUAUUGGAUUCAAUGUCUAGCACUAAGCUCUUCAUAGCCGCGCAGGUUCUUGAGCAGGAAGCCAAAAAAUUACAGAGCCUAUGCCCAGAUCCCGCUACAGAAGAUCACAACGAUCGCCUCGACCUUGCUAUAAGGGUGUUGGAAGAGGUUAGAAAAGAGCUGCACGAUAGGAAUAAUGCUAGCCAACAGAAUGCAGAAAAUGAAGCUGGAGAUAACUCCGAAACGCCCACUGAAGAUGAGGAAGAUAAGAUCAUUUGCAAGGUGAAGCGGCUCAGCAUGGAAGGAUGGUCCGAUAACCAACCGGAACCAAAACAUGCCAUUGCCGCAUACUAUCCCGCUGCAUCACUUGUUGAAAUUACUCACGACGAAAACAAAGCCAUAAGAGAUGUUCCAGAUCGCCAGGAGCGACCCCAUAGGGUAGAACUGGCCUCGUUAUCUCUAUUACAGGAGAUCACCGAGAUUACAGGCAUUGAUUGUGAUGACGAAACAUUUUUGCUUCCUCCGCAACAUGCUGACCUUUGUUUUUUAUGUACUCAGACUUGCGCCGCCAUACAAGGUAGAACCAUACUUAUUGUAAACGAAAAGAACUUACUAAUCGAUAUUUUGAAGCUCCUUAUUAGGUACCAUGACGAAAUAGGUGAAAGGCUCGUGCACCUUGAAGGUGUCCUACGAUCGGAAGUAGAGGGACCAGAUCACACGAACGCCCCAGGGUCUCCCAAGUGCACAACGCCAGACACAAGUGUAAUGAGUGAGCAACAGUCCCCGGAAAGCUUGAAAGAGUCGUCUUCGAAAUCGGAAGACGAGAGAGAUCCGGAAAAUAAGAAAGACAAUGGCGAAGCACUCAAGACGCGCAAGAAAUUGACCAGGCGUUUCGACAGCCUAAAACUACUCCAAGACUUCAGUGACAAAUACCUAGCAGCACAGCAUAUGACGUAUGCUAGAAUCAAAUCCGGAGAUUUGGAAAAGAUUACCUUCGAAGAUCUAUGUUUUCUUUUCACUGUAGGUGACAUUAUCUACAUCAAGGAGAGGGAAUAUGAGCAACUAGGCAAGACCUAUGCGGUGUCUGGUGGCCAGCAGCGGAAAGAAAAGUCAAAAAAAAGAUUGAGGACCUUUUCUGCAAUCGAUUUUGACAAGAUGCCAGAAGGAAAUCCGCAAAGCUCAGCACGUGGUCUCUGGAGUCCACUCACGAUCGACUAUUACACUAUGGAAUCUGAUGGAUACUACCUUGGGUCUAAGGCUAAACGCAAGGAAAUUAAGCACUUCUCGGGGGAGCGCAGUAUAACAGAUCUGGCUGUUUUCCCACUCAGAUUUCACCAAAGAAAGGAAGAGGUUGUGGAACGUCUGACAGAAAGGGGUACCAGGUACCAUUUAUCACAUGGUCACAAAAGCUACAGAGGCAUGACGUGUUCCCAGCAUGAUGAGGAAACACCUAACGAGGUCUUUGGAGAUAUUUAUGUCGACUUUAAAGAUUAUUACCGAUCUUUUGACAGACGACCCCAUUUCCUGCCUGGUACAUUGCCAAGGCACAAUCCCCAUUUCCUUCCCCCUGGUACAUCAGCAAGGCCGAAUCUAGGCAUUCUGAAUGCCUUUGAACCUGAUCUCGCAGAGAGUCAGGAUGAUGUCGAUGGCGUCAUAUUGGAUCUGUUUGAUAGAGAGAUUGACCAAAAGGCCAUGGAAGAUUUCGUGUCGACUCAUCAGCAUGAGAUUGGGCUUGAGAGACUCAGUUCAGAUCCGCUAUCAAAUGAAGUUCUCCAAUUGCUGCCCCACUGGGUACCUGCAUACUUUUUCCGCACGAGGACUUACCAUCGAGUCUACGUGAGUCAAAUAGAGGAAAUCGACAAAAGUGAUAUUGCAAGAGACAAUAGCUUCGAGAGUUUGGUCAUCCCAGACGGCCAUCGGAAGCUCCUAGUCGGUCUUGUGAGAAACCUGGUCAUUGAGCAAGACCCUGAAUCCAAUCGCCAGGAUAACUCCAAAACGGCUACACAGAUUGACAUUGUUCGGGGGAAAGGACAAGGGUUAAUAAUCCUUUUACAUGGACCACCAGGCUCAGGGAAAACCAGUACCGCCGAGACACUUGCGGCGUAUAGCAGACGGCCGUUAUAUCCAAUCACAUGUGGUGAUCUUGGGGUCGAUCCGGACAGCGUUGAAAGAUCCUUGAAUGAGCAUACAGAGCGGGCUCAACGGUGGGGUUGCAUAUUGCUUCUGGAUGAAGCUGAUGUUUUCUUGAGCCGCAGAGAUUGGAGAGAUACAAACCGCAAUGCAUUGGUAUCUGUCUUCCUUCGGCAGUUGGAAUACUACUCGGGAAUCUUAUUCUUGACCACCAACAGAGUGGGCGUUAUAGACGAGGCUUUCAAAUCUCGCAUUCAUGUGUCUCUUGCGUAUCCCACCAUCAGAUUGAAAGAAACUCUGGAAAUAUGGGAAGGAAUCUUGGACCGCCUUACAAGAGACAAUCAUACAACAAAGAUCAAAGUCAAGUUUGACAGGAGUGCCCUACUCACAUGGGCCGAUAGACAUUACAGGGCUCACGAACCAAUGAACACUGCCUGGAAUGGUCGACAGAUCCGCAAUGCCUUCCAGCUUGCCAUCUCUUUAGGUCACCAUGACCGAGACCGCAACCUGGCAGCUGCCAACAUGACUAACGCGGAGGCUGUUGCAAGCGGGGAGAAAAAGUGGACUAUUGUGAAGCUGACAACAGCAAACUUUAACAAUAUCGCCAAGACGGCUAGGGAUUUUGAGGACUAUCUUCAUGCUACAAGAGGAGACGACAGUGAGAUUGCAAAGACGUUGGCUCUGAGGCACGACGAGCAGUCAGACAAUGUGGCAGGGUAUUCGCGAUCUACACCCGCGCAAAAAGAUUACCCAGGACGGCGGAGAGAACUUCUAUCGCCCAGGCUUACAAACCGUGACAGAGGGAUCUCACGAAAUAGUUCUGGCUACGAAUCUCGACGAUCUCGAGUACGAAGGAAGGAAGAAAGUCCUUCGGAGAGAAGACAGCAGAGGAGAAGUCAAGGUGGAAGGGACGAAAAGAGGAACGAUGAGUUUGAGGAUGGGGAGGGGGAUGAAAAUGAUAUCAUUGACGAGUUUUCUUCUGAUGAUGAAUAG